AUGUCUUCCAAAGAUAGUUGUGGGAAACGCCAUCAUCCUGUGGCCAGCCUUUGCAGGAAGCUCCAAGCUAUCAACAUGAUGGACCAAACUUCGAAUCCUGCCUUGCAGAUUCCAAAAUUCCAGUCAAAAAACUUUGACAGUCCACAGAGUAACACAAAGAAGAACCUGGAAGAAAUCUUGAAGAAACGGACACUAAAAAGCAACAGUUCCCUGGACACCAACCUCCUUCUGCUAAGUCCUUCCAGUGACAACAUCUUCUCUCCGACCCCUAGUAUGGUGCAAACACCACGUCAUCGACGUAUUUCUGAUAUUCGUUCCGAGUCCUUUUCUCUGGGUGGGAAUAAAGACAAGCUCAACAAAUCAUGGGUUUUUGUAAAUCAGAGAGGGAAUGGUUCACCCCAUCUCAUUAAGCAUGGAGAGUCAACCUCUGAUUAUCUUUGUAGCAACAGUAAUAUCGAACCAAAGGUCACAUCAUCUUUGGAAUGCAGCUAUUUCACAUCGAGUCCUGAUUUACCUAUCCAGGGACCAACAUCCGUACAGCCCUCUUUUCCUUCACCACCACCCAAAAGAUUCUCCUUCGGAUGGAAACGGGCAAUGGACAACAGAGACAAUGAAGACUCUGACACAAGCCUGAUUUGUGAAGAAGACCUAUUGACUACCAUGUUUUCUGCAUGUGAUGUGGAAAGAAGAGGCAAAGUUGCCGUUUCUAAAUUAGUUGAUUUCCUGAGGAACACGACAAGUCGGAGUUCAGAAGACAGCGGCCUUGAAGAUUUAUGCAACAUGCUUGAUCCUGAUCAUAGGGACAUCUCCAUGGACUUGGAGACCUACCACGCCAUCAUGAAAGAAUGGAUUGAAGAUUGCAAAAGAAACUGGAAUGAGCAACCCACCAAAGAGGCAACCCCUGAAAAUAAUUUCUCAGCAAAAAGAUUGAACAUCACUUCCGGAAGCCUAGAAGCACUUGGCGGUGAUAUAUCAAGAGGAGAUUUAGAAACGUCCGACUUGAUUACUUGCGUAGCUGAUCUUCAGUUCAACAACCAGAAACUUCAAGAGGAAAAUGACCAGUUGAAGCUGGCACUGGAUACCAUGGAUGAGACCAAUAAUAGACUGAUGGAAGACAGCGGGGAACUGCGGAAUCAGAUAAAAAGCUUCCAGCAGUCUGCAAGUCAAGUGAAAACAUUAAAAGAGGAAUUGGAAGAAGUGAAGAACAUUCUGGGUACCUCUGAAGAAAAGAAGCAGUUGAUGGCAAUCCAGAAUAAACAGCUUGAAAAGGAGAAUCAGUCCCUUGUUCUUAAGAUUUCUUCUCUUCAAGAGGAGAACAUUAGAAAUGCUCUUGAUUCAGAUGGUCUCCAGAAGAAGAUUGAGGAGCUGUCCCAGAAUAUUAAUGAACUCCAAAUGCAAACACACCUUUAUGAAAGCACGGUGGGAAGUAAAGACACAGCACUCCUUCAGAAGGAGAUGGAUAUACAAGAACUAAAGUCUGCCCUGAAGGAAUACACGUCGGUGAUAGAGACUCUGCGUGUAGAGAAAAACAAAUUGUUGAACAACGUUCAGCAGAUGCAGCAAGAACUGAUCUCGAAUGGUAUCAACUUCCCUUUAAUCUACAAGUUCAACAGCAGCUUCCUUGAAGCAACGAAUUCAUUGCACUGUGAACUGGAGCUGGCCCAGGAAGCAUCAGAGAUCCCUGGAAUUGAGUGGACUGCACUUGAUGAAUCCCUGGACAGAGAAGUUUUACUGCUUCUUGAAGGGCCAGAGCGAGUAGGAGAAAAGUUCAAGGCCACCAUUUUAAACCUGCGAGAAGAUUUAGCAGGGCUGCCUUUGCUGAACCCAACAGACUGGGAAUUGGAUCUGCAAGAAACUUAUCAGAAGACCUUGAUGGACCUCAAGAAAACUCUGGAGAAUAAAAGAACCCAAUGGCUCCAGAAACUGAAUUUUUUGGAAGCUCAGAAGGAAUCCCUGGAUAAGGAGCUCAUUAAAAUGGCAGGAAACAUGCGGAGGAUGAGAACGGAACAGCUACAUUUAAAGAAAAUGCUUUUGUCCAGACAACACGAGAUCCAGUCAACCAAACAGUUGAAAGAAGAUGCUUUGGCAGAAACAGACGUCUUAAGAUUGAAAUUGGAAGAGCUGACCGAACAAUUAGAAGAAGCUGGGAAGAGGGUUAAGGAUCGCGAGAGUGACUUUCACGCUUCCCACGAGGAAGUAGGGUCUUUACAGAAGAAGCUAGAAGAAAGUGUUGCCGAGCAAGGAAGUCUCCGGGGUAGAAAUACAGAUUUAACGCGGACUUGCCAACAGCUGGAACAGCAAGUUAAGGAACACAGUAUUGCUCUAGAGUUACUCAAGGAGAAGUAUUUAAGAAGACUGUGCUGUGGUAUACUUUGCCAGAGGUGUGCAUUUGAUCAUGAUGGCGAGAGCCCUCUGUCCUGCUUAAACGUCAGUGAAGCGAUAAGAAGAGAAGAGAAGGAAACCUGUUGCUAUCAAAGACUAAGAACCCAGCUGUCCUGGCCUUGGAGCACGUACUGGUCCACAGAAGAUAUUUUAUUGCUAGAAGCAUUGUCACUUGAUUCUCUGCAACUGGUUCGAAGAAGCUCUCUGCCAAGGACCGUUGGAAAUUCUCAAACAUUGUUGAUAUUUGGGAAACAAAGGCUGUUUUUUCAUCUAUUGGAGUGUAUUAAAAUCUUCAAACACCCGAGGGAUCUGAGCAUUUUUCCCCCCUUGUCUUCUGCCUUUGUAGAUACGGACUCUACACUACUGGAACCAGAGGGGAAAACACAUCUCUCUACCUUACCGUUGCAGGAAGCAACUGUUGCUUCAAAAGAGGAAGCUGUAGAAGAUGCCUCCAGCAACAAGACUGGUGAUUCAUCUUCAUGCCAGGAUCUGUCAAGCAGCCUCAUGUGCCAAAAGAACCAGAAUAAUGGCUCUCCCAAUGAGAAAGAAGUGGAGGCAGAAUUUCUACGGCUGUCUCUUGGAUUCAAGUGUGACCUCUUUACUUUGGAGAAGAGAGUCAGGCUUGAAGAACGAUCUCGGGAUCUCGCGGAAGGGAGCCUGAGGAAAGAAAUUACCGGCGCCUUGAAACUACUUGAUUCUUUAGCCUCUCUAAGCGAAGAUAACCAGGUGCAGGAGAUAGUUAAGAAGCUGCAGAAGAGCCUGGACCUGCUGGAUCAGCAUGCCACCAGAAUCGCCAGCAAAGCAGAAAUGCUGGGAGCUGUUCAUCAGCCUUCAUCACUACGCAGAGUUAGCACUGCACCCUUGCCUAGGAGCGGUAAUGGAAAUGCAGACGCUUUUUUGCAACUGGCUCAGAUGAACGAAACGGACGGAAACAACUGGGUUGAAAAAUUCAACAGGCGCUCGAGUUGGAGUCUAAAGGGAACCAAACAAGGAGAAAAACGGCCCUCGCUACAACGUUUCAUUAGCUCAACUUCCUGGACCGAAUCCGAGGAAGAGCAACUUGAAUUAGAGACUGCUCUUCAGGAACCGGCAACCCCGGAGAUCCAGGGAGGUAAAGCACGAAAGCUGAGCGAAAAGGAAACCAACAUGACUAAAUGGGGGCUACGCUCACUGUGUACGAGAGUGUCAUCUUGGGCCUCCGCUCUUAAGACUUCCUUCUACGGGAUUAGCAAAGCCCUCUGUGUCUCUAUCGUUGCAGUUGUGCUCUUUGCCGUCCUGAUAACUUUUGUCAUGGGAUUUUCCUUCCAUCAACCUGUGGAAGCCUCUCCUCAGGGCACCGGGACUGCGUGGACCUCAGUACAGAAGUUCUUGUGGCCAUACACACGUCUCCUCCACCAAGGACCACCGCCUGUAUAAUUAGGCAGUAUUCAGAAUUGAUUUGUUUUUUUUUUUCCUACUGUAGGGUUUCU